AUGAAUAUGUUUUUGUUUUAUUUCGCCCUAUUACAUUUCGUAGAAGGUAAUUCGAACAACUCGUCUGUUCACAGCGUCGCUAAUUCACUCGUCUCUAUUCUAAACAAUGAAGACAACGACCGAAUCAAAGAGCUUAAAGACAAAUUAAAAGACAUAGAGAAAUAUGUCGUAGAUAAAGAUAAACAUACUGAACUUAUUCUGAUCGAAACGUCUAGUACAAAUCUAAAUGAAACAAACUUCUUCAAAGCGCUAAAUGAAUCAGAUAACUUUAAUUUACUGUUAGAUAGAGAGCCGAAGCAUUUAUAUUUGAAAUUGAAAGAAAAAAUGAAUCGAGAUGAUAUUAUGAAGAUAUUAUCAGAAAAAGCCGAGGACAGUAAUUUGAUGCUAGCCGCCAGAAGGAUGAUGGAGAAUGAUCAUGGGCAUAAUACGGAGAUAGAUGAUGACGUUAUAGACGGUAUUGUUGAUAAAAUGAUUGCUGAAUCACCUGCGGAUGAUCAUCGAUUUGACAUACAAGAAAAUAAAUAUUGGGACCCUCAAGGCGAGCUGGAAGACCUGAAAGAGUACCACAAGCACGAUGGGAGGAGGUUAUUUAAGGGCGAAAGAACUACCAUCAAGCACUAUCCCUUCAUGGUGUCUAUUCAUGUCAUGGGGAGGUUUUGGUGCGGAGGCGUUAUAUACUGGCAUGAUCUGGUGCUUACUUCGGCUUCGUGCUUACAGCUUAUGCACAACAAUCGCUUCUUUCGCGAAAACCCGAAGGCUCUGUAUGUACGUGUGGGAAGUAAUCAUAGCAGAAUUGGGGGAGAAUCUAUAAAUGCACUAGAAGUGUACUUCCACCCUGGCUACAAUCCUCGCACGCUGCGUCAUAAUAUUGCUGUGAUCCGCCUUCGGCGCCAUCUGUUCUUUGGGUACCAUCGAGUGCCUAAAGUCAUUAACAUCUCAACCAGCGGACGUGGACUUGCGCCAACUGUCGAAGUCUUGGUGCUAGGAUGGGGGGUUACUAAGAUGUCACAAAGGUUGGCCUAUGAACCAGUGUUUCUCAAUCGGAAGUUCCUCCCAAUAUACCCCAACAUAUUUUGCAAAGAGAUCUACGGAGAUAAAUUCAUAGCUUCUUCUAUGUUCUGUGCGGGAACCAUGACCACGGGAGAGGGAGCUUGCGAUCAUGAUGCGGGAGGUCCAGCAGUGUUGGCUGGAAAGCUGGUGGGAAUUAUAUCUUUUGGGCCAUCCGUAUGUGGCUACCCCAACGCUCCCACGGUGUUUACUCUCGUGGGAGCCUACAGCGAUUGGAUAGAAAAUAUUAAUGAAACUAUGCCAGAAUACUUCCGCGGUAAGAAGCGGACCACAACAAUAGAUCCGAUUCCCUUGUUCGAGGAUAUCAAGUUCAGUAAAAUGGAACUGAAUAAGUAUACGACUCGAGAGACUGAAGCCACUACCACCGGGUUCUAUGUGCCCACCACUACUACUCCUCCGACGAAAUUACGGAACAAAGAGCUUAAAUAUGGAAAAAAAUACAAUUAUGAAACCGAUAGCUGGAGUCUGGAGAUGGAUUAA